AUGCCGUUGUGGCACGCGGGUGCGCUUUUUGCAUCGGAGCGGCUGGACUUCUUCGCGCAUCCCAAUGGUUUGCUGGUCUUCGACCAACGUUUCUGCCUGCCGCGCUCCUCCCACCCACCCGACCUCCGCUUCAACGUGAGGGUGGACUUGCACGCACCGCUGGCUGCAGAGCAGUGGCUUCGCCCCAUCCAGAACAUAGGUUGGGAGACAAUGGACGAGUCCACCUUCCACGUGACGGAGGGCCUUCAGUCCUGGCAGCUCGCGAACCAUGAUCCCAAUGCCAUGGCCUUCCUGUUGCUCCCUGGUGCUCAGCUCCAGUCUCACGAGAUCUUGGAACAUCAUCACUUUGCCCAGGCCGACGCCGAGGAAGCAGACGGGGUCUCGCGACGCUACUCGAUGGAGCUGCGAGUCGAAGCGGAUGCAGAGGCGGUACUAGAGGCGGCCAGUGGACCGCAGAUCAAGGCGAUGUCCUGCGAUGGUGUGUGGUCCAUGGGUCAGCGGCAACUCUGUUUGAUGAGCCCUGAGAACCAAUUCCAAAGAGGUCGCUUCCACUUCUUAGGCGUAACAUUUGAUGCUUUGAUGCGAGACGUCAUGUCGAUUCAAAAAAAGGAUCCGAUUCAAAGGUUUGCCCUUUGCCACCCCAGCUGUGGGAACCGAGGGAGCCCUGGGAGCCCUCGCGCGGAAGCUGAAGAGCUGUUGAUGCGCUUGGCUGGCUCCACACAGGUACUCCGGCGGAUUGAAUGGCAGAUGGCAGGCGAAGCUGAGCCCUACUGGUGCAGCUUGCUGCUGUUGCUUUUGCCCUUCUUCGUGGGGGAUCUCAGCGUCCAAGGUCUUUUAUGUUGCCUCCUCUCUUUGCUGCACUUGCUGAUGGGCCUUGACAUCUUCUGCCUGCCCGGACCGCCAACGCUGCUGUGGAGGGAUUUGGACGCCCUCUGGGGUUAUGCACGCUUGACAGCCACCGCCCAUGCGAUGCUGGCCUUGUCCGCCGCCUUUGCCUCGCGACCCGUGAGAGGUGCCACCGACGCCCUCGGCCGUUUCCUGCGGAAGUGGCUUCGCUUGGCGCCGGCUGGCUUGGCUUUGCGACUCUUGAGUGCCUCUGCCUCUGAGUUCACCCACGCGCGGCCGCAGGGCAGUGGCUGGCCAGAACGGAGGCUCUUCAGCUUCCGGGCGGGCGCGAUGCAGCACUUCAACCUGGAUUUCCGCCGUUGCGGCACGGCAGUGGAGUGCGUGGAACCCUGGAAAGGGUGGCCCUUCGGCCUGAAGGAUGUGUUGUGGGCCUUCCCCGACGUGGCCGACGUGGGCUGGUUCCUGGAGCGGUGGGGAGUUCCGGGCGAAGGCGUCGGUCGCUUCCUGCAGCGGACACUGGAGCUGGGCCUUUGCUGCGCCUCGUUGGACGCCUGGCACGUCCGCGACCCGCGGAUGCCCUUUGACUGCCAACGUCUGAACUUCACCUUGGCCCCGCUGGUGGCAUGGUUCACUCGUUCGCGUGCCGUGUGUGCUUCAGCGGUGCCGCACCAGGGCGUCCUCCUGCGACUGUCGCUGGCGCUGGGGGUUCGAUCGGAAGUCGAAGAGGUCUACAACUUUUACGCCAAGACCGAACAUGAUGUGGUGCUCUGCUGCCUGCGUCGAGGGAAGCUGCCCACCAAGGUCUUCCGACAGCUCAAGGAGGCGGUGAAGCCCAGCAUCGAGUGCUGGCCCCAUCCCGACUCAGUGGCCCUCAACGACUUUGGUGUUCCAGACAAGAUCAUGGCCAAUGGAGUGGUGCAGCGUGACCACGGCGGAGACCUUUGUUGGCUGCGGAAUGAGCAGGUGCCCAAGGGCAAGGUCUCAGCUGGUCCCUAUCGCCGCCUGGGCCCUGAUGAGGUGAGAUCGGUGGUGGAUAGCUUCCUGGACAAGAAUCCAGAGAUGUUGAACAAGGUGGAGAAGCUGAUGGACGCCACUCAUUCCUCCGCCCGGGGUCCGGUUCCUGCCUUUGCCGCAGCCAACGCGCAGGACGCGGUUUUCCCCUACAUGUGCCUUCAGAGACGUUGGCCGCCAGAGCCACAUUUGGACGUGCCAGUGGGGCAGCGCUUAGGUUUGGGGAUCCCAUGGCACGUGGACGGCGGCCCUUCCAUUUGCUUUAUGGCGGUCACCUUGGACGCGCGGAAGAGAUGGUUUCAGGGCUGGGCUGGGCUGGGCAAGUGGACCGGGGACAUCAAGACGAAGAAAUUCACCUUCCGCCCCGGUGACUGGUAUUGGAGCUCUCCCAGCUGUUUCUGGCAUCGAGUGGGGUCGAUCUGCAAGAAGAGCAACGACACGGUCUCCACCACGUUGUUACUUCGCUCAGCCCCUGAGCAAUCUGUGAAGAGCAGACCGGAUGAGCAACAAAACGGGGUCGUGUGA